GAUGGGCUGCAGCAUUAACAGUUUACACCUCCCGGCGUGCUCAACACGUUAACAGAUUGGAUCGAAUAUUGGCUAGGAGAGGAGCUAUCAAUAUGCGUGGAUUUAUUCUUUUUGCUGUCUUGGCUGUGGCUCGCGCUGAUGUAGGCGGCUACAACUAUGGAGCUGGCAUUGGUUCAGGCGGGUCCAUCUCUGGAGGCUCUCUAUCUGGAGGCUCCAUCUCAGGUGGCUCCAUCUCAGGUGGCUCCAUCUCAGGUGGUUCCCUCUCUAGUGGUUCCCUGUCCGGUGGGUCUUAUUCCACUAACUACGCUCCUGUAAACACCGAAUUCAACAAGGAGUUCUUCACCUACUCCGCUCCCGAGGCCGAUUUUGAGGAUAAUAAGAGUGUCAGUGAUCUAGCUGCUACUCUGAAGAAGAACCUCCGUGUUGUUUUCAUCAGGGCCCCCGAGAAUAAGGGUCUGGAGAACGCCGCUGUGGCCUUGGCCAAGCAGGCUGCCGAGCAGCAGACCGCCAUCUAUGUCCUGACCAAGCAGGGUGAUCUGUCCAGCCUGGCCAACCAGCUGCAGAACCUGAACCAUGUGAGCGCCAGCAAGCCGGAGGUGCAUUUCGUCAAGUACCGCACCCAGCAGGACGCCAUCAAUGCCCAGCGUACCAUUCAGCAGGAGUACGAGCGUCUGGGUGGUUCCACCACCUCCCACAGCGGAGGCGUGGCACCCGUCCUGGACUUUGCCACCAAAGUGCAGCAGCAGCAGCAGCUGAUUGAUGAGCGUCGGCCUUCCAGCGGAAGUGUAAGCGCCGAACUGGAGGCUCCUUCGGCAGGAUAUAUUCCACCACCAGCGGCAGCGCCCAGUGCCACGUACCUGCCUGUGAACAAGGUCAAGUAGGAAACCUGCAAGACCACAUUCUUAUUUACGAAUUAGCUCACACAUUCUCCUUUAAGUGCUACCGUAUAAAAUAUAAACUUAACUUAAUGUAUGCCCGAUA